CUCUUUGUUCUUUUUGACACACAAACUGUAUCAUGUCUGAAGCGACCCAGCAGCGGAUUCUCGACGACCUCCACGCCGGCACUGUCAUUGCAGACACGGAGCAGUACGCCGCCAACAUCCAAGCCGACCACCAGACGGUCGUUGGCGCAAUGAAGUCCCUCGAGCGCUACCCCGAGAUGAUCACGACAAAGCCGUUCGACAAGACCCUCGUCUCAUUGACAGAGGAAGGCCUCGUCACCGUCAAGGAGGGCACGCUCGACGCCCGCAUCUUCAACGGCAUUGACAAGACCAACGGAACCACCCUCGCAGAGCUCACUGCUCGCUUCGGACCUGCGACUGGUCAAGCACAAGGCCGUGCCAUGAAGAACAAGUGGAUUCGCCUCGACAAGGCGUCCGGCAAGCUCUUCCGCGCUGUGGAGACAAUCGUCGACGAGGCUCAGCAACAGCUGGCUGCGAUUCAGGCCGGACAAACCGUGCCUGACUCUGCUCUGGCUGAGCUCCGCAAGCUCAAGUUGGCUGCUAGCCGAACCUACACUGCCUAUGCCAUCGGCAAGGGUGACAAGUUCUCCACCAAGAUUGUCAAGCCAGAGUCUGACUUGACGACUGCCAUGCUCACCAAGGAUGCUUGGCGUGAAGUUACCUUCAAGGACAAGAACUUGAAGGCUCUCGGCGCACCCACCAGCGGAGGCUACUUGCACCCCCUGCUCAAAGUUCGCACGCAGUUCCGCAACAUUUUCCUCGAAAUGGGCUUUUCCGAAAUGCCAACAAACAACUUUGUCGAGUCGUCGUUCUGGAACUUUGACGCCCUCUUCCAGCCGCAACAGCACCCCGCACGCGAUAGCCACGACACCUUUUUCAUCAAGGACCCCUCCACUUCGACGCAGUUCCCCGAGGACUACUUGAAGCGAGUGCACGAGAUCCACGAGAAGGGAGGCUACGGCUCCAUCGGCUACCGAUACGACUGGUCUCGCGCCGAGGCCCAAAAGAACAUUCUUCGCACGCACACCACUGCCGUCAGCACGCGCAUGCUGUACCAGUUGGCGCAACAGAAGGAGUUCAAGCCCGUCAAGUACUUUAGCAUUGACCGUGUCUUCCGAAACGAAGCCUUGGACGCCACCCAUCUUGCCGAAUUCCACCAAAUUGAAGGUCUUGUUGCCGACCGCAACCUCACCCUUGGCGAUUUGAUUGGCCUGCUGUCCCAGUUCUUCAAAAAGAUGGGUAUUGAGAAGCUCCGCUUCAAGCCUGCUUUCAACCCUUACACGGAGCCCUCAAUGGAGGUCUACAGCUAUCACGAAGGUCUCAAGAAGUGGGUCGAGCUCGGCAACUCUGGCAUCUUCCGCCCAGAAAUGUUGCGUCCGAUGGGUCUGCCUGAAGACGUUUCCGUUAUUGCUUGGGGUCUUUCUCUUGAGCGUCCUACAAUGAUCAAGUACAAGAUUGACAACAUCCGUGCUCUUGUCGGCCACAAGGUCGACUUUAACGUCAUCCGCAGCAACCCUAUCUGCCGCCUUGAUCAUUAACGGGUCAAUGCCCGAGUAUUUCCACGAUGUCUGCUGUGCGUUUUAUCGGGUGUGAGACAACAAUGAAUAAACAUUGUCGCACAACUUGUUGUGACCUGAAACAAUGGUGCGUUGAGCGGCUUUUUCUGAGGC